UAUUGCCAUCGGAUUCUUGAACAAAAUGAAGCUUACACUGCGUCGUUUCUCGUGGCUGCUGACUCUGCAGUUCUCCCUGCUGGUGGCUGAUUUGUUUUUCAACACCUUUGGCUCCUGGCUGGCUAGCAAACAGCUACAAACUGCAAUAUUUUUGUUUGUUACUCAGGACGUUUGCAUCAUCAUUGAAUAUUUGCUGUUCACCUUGGCUCUGCAUUCGACUUGCGUUUAUCAGGUGGGCGCUUCGCACAUAAUUCUACGCAACUGUAAGCUCUUCCUGUGCAGCAUUACACUGUACUUCCUGCUGUCCGCAUCGCAACACUUCUGGAUUGUCUACCAAUAUCGCCUGCCAGCCAGCUCUGCCACGGCACAGCAAUGGCCUUGGGCCCUUUAUGCCCUGGCAGUGUUGCAGCGCAUGGUCUCGGUUUUCUACUACUACAGUUCCAAGUCUACUGCGCUAACCAUGGCUGAUCCACGUUAUAAGGAAGAACAUUUAGAUUGGAUUGCAGCCCAGUUGGGCGAUAAGUAAGGAAGCAGUGGGCCAUAUUGUAGAUAUUACUGUUACAUAGAUAGUUUAUGCUCUAUUUUCGAAUAAUUAUAACGCAGCAAAGCACAAAUCUA